AUGAUGGUUGAUCAUGAAGAAGAAGUCAAGCAUGAAGAGCAAACUGAUAAACAAGAACAACAAUCCGAAAUACUUAAAGAGACUUUGAAUGAUAAAGAAAUACUUGGUCAAGCUCUAGUUUUCUUGGUUGCUGGUUAUGAAACAACAAGUGUAUUAAUGUCAUUCUUUUUCUAUGUCAUGGCAACAGAACCAGUGAUUCAAGAAAAACUUUAUAAUGAAAUUCGACAAGAACUUGGAAAGACUAAUAACUUAUCGUUGUAUCUAGGAUGA